GACAGCUCAGCUGGCCUCCGCUACUUUCUGACUUCGACCUCGUUGAUAAUGUUCACAUCUUGACUGUUAUCGACAAAACUGCCACAACACCUCAAUAGUCUGCUGUACCUUUAUUUUUGAAGUUGUGCGUCAUGGAGCCUACCGCACCUAAGAGCAAGCUGAAAAAGCUGAGUGAGGACAGUUUGACCAAACAGCCUGAAGAGGUGUUUGAUGUUCUCGAGAAACUUGGUGAAGGCUCCUAUGGCAGUGUGUUUAAAGCCAUUCAUAAGGAGUCGGGUCAGGUGGUUGCCAUAAAGCAGGUUCCUGUUGAGUCUGACCUGCAGGAAAUUAUCAAGGAGAUUUCCAUCAUGCAGCAGUGCGACAGCCCUUAUGUAGUUAAAUACUAUGGCAGCUACUUCAAAAAUACAGACCUAUGGAUCGUCAUGGAGUACUGUGGAGCCGGCUCCGUCUCUGACAUCAUCAGACUGCGCAACAAGACGCUGACAGAAGAUGAGAUCGCCACUAUCCUCAAGUCAACACUAAAGGGUCUCGAAUACCUUCACUUCAUGAGGAAGAUCCAUCGUGACAUCAAGGCGGGAAACAUCCUUCUCAACACAGAGGGACACGCCAAACUGGCAGAUUUUGGAGUUGCAGGACAACUAACGGACACAAUGGCAAAAAGAAACACUGUGAUUGGUACUCCAUUCUGGAUGGCGCCAGAAGUGAUCCAGGAGAUCGGCUACAACUGUGUAGCUGACAUCUGGUCGCUGGGCAUCACGUCCAUAGAGAUGGCAGAGGGCAAGCCUCCGUACGCCGACAUCCAUCCUAUGAGAGCUAUUUUUAUGAUCCCCACCAACCCUCCUCCUACGUUCAGGAAGCCAGAGCUUUGGUCAGAUGAAUUCACAGACUUUGUCAAGAAGUGCUUGGUCAAGAACCCUGAGCAGAGAGCCACCGCCACACAGCUCCUCCAGCAUCCAUUCAUCAGCCAGGCCAAACCCGUCUCAAUCCUGAGAGAUCUGAUAACCGAAGCCAUGGAGAUGAAAGCCAAGAGGCAGCAAGAGCAGCAGAGGGAGCUGGAGGAGGAAGACGACAACUCAGAGGAGGAGACGGAGGUGGACUCCCACACGAUGGUGAAGUCGGGCUCAGACGGAGCCGGGACCAUGCGGGCCACCAGCACGAUGAGUGACGGAGCGCAGACCAUGAUCGAGCACGGCAGCACCAUGCUGGAGUCAGACCUGGGCACUAUGGUCAUCAAUAGUGACGAUGAAGAAGAGGAGGAAGACCAGGGAUCAAUGAGAAGGCAUGCAACCCCCCAGCAGCCCAUACGUCCCUCCUUCAUGGAUUAUUUUGACAAGCAGGACUCCAACAAGGCAGCCCAGCAGCAGGAGAACUACAAUCAUAACCAGUCGCAGGAACAACCCGGCUACCACAUCCAGUCCAAGAAUGUCUUCCCUGACAACUGGAAGGUUCCUCAGGAUGGAGACUUUGACUUUCUGAAGAACCUGGACUUUGAGGAGCUGCAGUUGCGUCUGACUGCUUUAGACCCCAUGAUGGAGCGGGAGAUCGAGGAGCUCCGGCAGCGCUACACCGCCAAGAGGCAGCCCAUUCUGGAUGCAAUGGACGCUAAGAAGAGACGACAACAGAAUUUCUGAGUGUUGCUCUCAUUGCCUCCUUCCCAGAUUUCGGUUCCCAAAGCCAGCACCAAACCUUGUGUCCCAGUGACGGGGAAUAAAGACCACCCUUUUGUUUGUUUAGGAUGACCUCCACUGUCCUGACAAACCUCUAACUGCUCUCUGGUUACGUAGGACCCUUCUGUCCUGGGAGACACCCAGCUAACUCCUGAAACUCACACUUGGCCUUUAUGUAUUUGGAUGAAGGCUGCGCUUUAAGUUUUUCCUCCACAGUUCAAGUUGGCCUUGAGUGCCGUUCAGGACGUUGACCAAAUAGAGAAGUAACCGCGGGCCUGGAGGCACCCGGACGUCCACAGAAACCCUUUCCUCUUUUUCUGUGACUUGCCUGUCACGUCGUGCAACGCAGCCUUGGAAAAUCUGCAUCAUCACACGAGGAUGCCGACCCGUCAGCAGAGAAGCAUAAGCAGUGGAGUCAGUGAAGUGAUCUUUUUCUUUUCCCUCAGACUUUUUACUUUCUAUGUAAAUAUAAUAGCCUACUUUGGAAAUCCCUGCAUCAAAAGCUGUGGAGGUUCAUCCAUGACCAAAGACAAUCAGAAUUAUGUUGAUGAAGUUGAGACUGCCUUAAAAAUGUUUUGAAAACCUGUGUAAUAAAACAACCAAGUCAUCAGAUGGUUAACUCAAUUUCCCUCACUUGGAGACGAAUUGGAAGAGAAAUCUGGAAGCUGCAGAUGUUUGCGGUGUGAUCGGUGGAGAAGAGGUCAUGCUUUCCUUCGUCUGUGGAACACAACAGUUCAAGAUCUGUAUUUAUUUUCAGUUUUCUUGCAAGUAUUAUGUUUGGGCUUUGGCAUAGAGCCUCUCCAGGGAAGGAAGCCACGUAUCUUAGUGCCUCUUAUAACUCACCAAUCCCACAUUAUUCUCUUGACGUUCAUGCAUUUAAACUUUCAGCCUUUACUCAACCAGGGGAUCCACCGUUUCAGAUUUAAUGAGAAGGAACGGCACAAACAUUCAGUCCUGAAAAGAAAUUACUUACUCUAACCUUUUACUGUUUAGAAAUAUUCUGAGGGUCUUAAAACUCUGUUUUCUCUGUUACACACUUACUCCUGACAUGACAUUAUCCCUCACAUAAAUCAUUAGAGGAAAGGAGUCUUCAAUUGUUUUUAUAGCAAAUGUCCAAAUGCAUCAUAAUUAGAUUAACUGCUCAAGUGGUGAGCCGCAUUUAAGAGUCAAUGAAAUUAGGAUUGUUGUAUUUUUUUUCAUUUCAUAAGAGUACAGGUUCCUUUUCAUCCAGUUUCCCUGCAGCCUUUUCAUACGUGGAGCAAUAAUGCACAAGAGCACUCACUAUUUGACGUCUAAUGUGAUUUUUAUCAAUGAAGGAAUGAAGACACACUGCCCCUUGUGGGUGCUAAGACACAAGUUUAUUUCUAGAACAAAAGUUUUUUUGUUUUAAUUUUCUUAUCAAAGUCCAUAUCCAUGCUGGAUUUUCUUUUUUUCUUUCUGUGUAAAGUAGAAAUUGCACUGCAGAAAUGCAGGUUGCUGCAAUUUUAUUUACAAAGUCUGUUAUUGUUCCUCUUCAGGGAGCACUGACAUGUUUAUAAGUAAACUCUAAAAAGUCCUGCACUGAGGACACGUGGUUCUCACAGGACUAAAUUCAAGAAAGCUUGUCAAUAUUAACUAACGAGCUUUUAAAAUAUUUGGCUUCUAUAAUAGUAAUAGGCUCUAAUGUUCUAUCGGUGUGGAAAGUUUUAUUUUUAUAAUGACCCUUUGAAUGAAUUCAUCCUGUCUUAAUAUCCAGUACACGUGCAGCAUGUCUGAGACUUGCUGUUAUCUACGAAUGUGAUUUGACUUUUAUUUUAAUAAAACGGCCUGUUACAUUGUCCUGCGAUCUUAUCUAAUCAGUGGGGCCAAAACGAGCGGCCGCUGAGCCGAGUCCAGGUUCAGCCAGGACUGUGUGGGCUGGUGCGUCGUCACAUUUGGUCGGUUGGUUUCACGUCUGGUUUUUUUUUUUUCUACUCGAACUGUAAAUUUGACAGAAAUCAUGUACACCAUCUCCUUGUUUCCUUCAUGUGUUCAUGGUUAACAGCUUACAUGCAAAUCGUCACCCUUUAUUUAUUAUAUUUGGGUUUUUUGUGACACUGGUUUAAACACGGACGUGGCUGUCUAUACCUUCAUUCCUUGGCCAAAUGGAUGCCUUCAUUUCUCCAUUUAGACCCUGCAUGUUUGCUUUGUAGUGGAAUGCGAUUGUAUGAACUGCACAGAAAAAGAGUACUGUUAAUAUGGAAGAUGAGUCAUUUUAAAUUUACUUAUAAGAGACUUUUGUACAAUGAAAAGCUCAAUUUGAAACAUGCUAUUGCUUAGUAUUGGUUAUAAAAUGUACAGUUAUCCAAAAUCACUUUAUCAAUAUGACUUUUUGUCCUCAUUAACUUCAUUGUUAAAUCUGCUUUACACUGAAGGUGUAGAGCGAAAUGUAAGCAUUUAAGUUUGAACCACUUAAUUUAUUUUGUAUGUAACACUUUACGAAGAUUUGGAAAUGUGUAAGAAAUAAUAAAAAUACUUAUAGUUAACCAGAA